CAGUGUGUUGUGGGUUAGCUGCAGCUGUUAGCUUGCGUUAGCCUCGCUCUGGCUUCGCUCCGUUAGCUCAGCUAGCCGCGUUAGCCUGUUAGCUCCCCGCAGUAACAGGCAGGAUCAUGUAAACACAGCCCGGGCUCUGCCUCACGCGCUCCUCUGAGGACAGCUCGAGUCUCUGCCUGCCCUCCAGUGACGGUUCAGAUGAGUGCCAGAAAGGUCCGAGACCAGGACAUCAACCCCUGCAUCGAGGAGAGUGAUGCGUCCCAGAAGUGCCUGGACGCCUACAACUACGAUAAGAGCAUGUGCUCCGCCUUCUUCCUGAGAUACAGGAACUGUAGGAAAUACUGGCACAGUGUCAUGGUGCAGCGGAGGAGAGACGGGAUCCGUCCAGAGAUGCCGUCGGCUGCAGAGAGACUGGAGAUGCUGGCUGCUCUGGGAGGGAAGCCGUACUGACACCAAGGACAGGACCCGCCCUGACCCCCCUGCUGGGGCUCUGGGGGGGUCUGGAGCUCUGGGGGGGUCUGGAGUUCUGGGGGGGAUGUCUGCAGCUCUGGGUGGUUUGGAGCUCCGGGGGGGUCUGGAGCUCUGGGGGGGUCCGGAGGUGGUCUGAAUGGAAGUGGACUGUUGAUGUAUUUUUGUUGUUUGUUGGAAAUAAAGACGUCCUGAGUCUGUUGGA